AAGUACUUCUUCAUCCAGAUUUUGGACACUGAGAGGGUAGGAUGAGAGGUAUCCAUGGGCCCCUGGCCUUGCAGGCCACACACAAGUCCAGUCACAGGCUCUGGAGUCCCUGUUCCUUGUGCCCUUCCUGCACUGGAUUGUGGGGAUAACUGGCCUGCAGGCAGAAGUUAGCAGCAGCAUUUACUUGCCUUCCGGGUCAGUUUUAUUUUGCAAAAAUCUACAAGGUCUUCUGUGCACAGAGGCUCCCACAGGGACCACAAUGAAUCAGUGUGCUCUCACAGUCCAGAGUUGGUGGGGGAAACGGGACACACUUUAGUGCCAUAGUAGGCAGAGGAGAUGCACCAGGAGCCAGAAAAGGGAGCCUGGGAGAGAUCAGGAGAGACUUCCCAGAGUAGGAGAUUUCCUGCCAGUUUGUCAGAUGGCAAAGGUAGACCCGCAAGAGCAGACGUCUGGAAGCCCGGAGAAGGUACAUCCAGGAAGGGCUAGGUAUCCAAGCGUGGCGAGCCAAGGGGAGUCUGUGGGAGAUGAGGGUGGGGAACGAACCAGUCAGCUUUUGACGCCACGGUAUGAACUUCUGACUCUACACAGUAGGGACUAUGAUUUCCAGUCUUUCUAGCAGCAAAGUCUAUGUCUGCUGCCUCCUUGCCCCUGACCUUGUCUGUCCUUUCCUCCACAGGUAAGUCCCGGAGGGAGCAGGACAGGGACAGGGAAGGGGUGUGGGUAGGGGCAGGGGGAGCCCUGGCCCCCGGUACCUCCUCCCCAUUCCCCCCUGAGCCUCCAGGGGCCUCGGGCAGCAAUAUCCCUGUCUACUGUGCCCUCCUGGCCUCCGUGGUCCUCGGUCUGCUUGCCUACGUGGCCUUCAAGUGCUGGUGCUCACGUAAACAAAGACAGCAGCUGGCCAAAGCUCGGACUGCAGAGCUGAGGGCCUUCAACAGGGACCAGAUGCAUGGGGAGAGCAGUGUCUUCCGGGACUCUCCUAGCAGCCUGGAGCCCUGUGUCCCCAGCCAGGGGCCACAUCCUGAACUUGGCUGCUGGCUUUACCUCCAUCUCCCUCGGCAGCAGCAGGAGGAAGUGGAACAGCUCCUGGAGGCGUCGGGUGAACCUGACAAAGGCUGGCGGGGCCUAGCGGGCCACCUGGGCUACCAGGCUGAGGCAGUGGAGACCAUGGCUCAGAGCCAGGUGCCAGCCUACACCCUGCUGAGGUACUGGGCAGUCCAAGAAGGCAGUGGUGCCACCCGCAGGGUGCUAGCAGAUGCGCUGGCUGUCCUGGGCCGUGAAGAUGUGGUCCAGGCCCUGGGCCCACUGGUUGAGGACUGCUCCAUGGUGUGAUGCUCCACAGCCUGGCCUCUCAGGGAAACUGCUGUGGUGCUCCCACCACCCCCAGCUCAUACACCUUCCCUUUCACGGGCUUCCUGGCAUUGGUGACCUCGGCCUGCUGUUCUGGGGGGACACGGAAGAUCCAGGCACCACUCACCUCCCCUCGCCCUACGUUCCUCCAGGACAGGGACCAGGAUAUUGGGGGGAGGGGUUGAUCGUGAGGAGCAGUCCUGCCCUCCUGAUCCCCACUCCACCUCUCCUUACUUAGCCUCAACUGUUUUUUCUUUUUGUAUCCCAUACUAAAGGCAACUUUGGACU